UCACAUUAUUGUUCGAUCAUCGUUCAUCAAUCAAGCGGCUGAAUAUUUCGUAAUUUUUACAUUAUUUUUCAAUGUUGUGCCAAUAAUUAAUAUAAUUCAGUGUUCAUAUACAGUUAACAACAACAAGAAAGACAUAAAUGCAAUCAAUCACUCUGUUAUGUUUGCAAACGUGCAUAUGCUUUGUUGUGAGAACCACCUUUAUCUGCUGUCAUACUGAGCUGUAGCAACUCUAUUUUUCGAUAAUGAAACAUAUUACAACAAGUUAUAAUAACGAAUAAUAGCUUAUCGAACUGAUUGGUGUGGAAACAUCAUUUCGGCGGAAUAUCGUGCAGUGAAUGUGUCGCGAUGACGGCGGUGUGAGUCGAAGCAGUAGUCCGGAGAAUGUGCGGUGGCGUUUAGUGGGUGAGGUCAGACACAGGGUUGAGCAUGGAGGCGGUGAAGGACGAGGAGCGGGUGCGGCGGCUGCGCGCGCUGGAGGAGCGGCUCUGCGACCCGCGCUCCACCGGCAACGUCGACUGCCUGCUCGACACCGUCACGGCACUCGUCGCCGACUGCGACCACCCUGCUAUCCGCCGUAUGAAGAAUGUCGAAGCCUACACCAGCAGAUAUGAAACAUUUGCCUCAGACAUUGUUGAUUUGCGCAUGAAGGCAGCAGACUUUGAUUUGAUCAAGGUGAUUGGUCGUGGCGCUUUUGGUGAAGUACAACUAGUCAGACACAAGUCCACACAUCAAGUAUUUGCCAUGAAACUCCUCAGUAAAGUAGAAAUGAUUAAAAGGUCAGAUUCCACAUUUUUUUGGGAGGAGCGACACAUCAUGGCUCAUGCAAACUCUGAAUGGAUCCUCAAACUUCAUUUUGCCUUCCAAGACCAAAAAUAUCUAUACAUGGUAAUGGAUUACAUGCCAGGUGGGGACCUGGUAAGUCUCAUGUCCAACUAUGAUAUUCCUGAAAAGUGGGCCAAAUUCUAUACUAUGGAAAUUGUACUAGCAUUAGAUGUCAUCCAUGGCAUGGGAUUUGUGCACAGGGACGUGAAGCCAGAUAACAUGUUGAUUGACAAUUAUGGCCACUUGAAACUGGCUGACUUCGGUACCUGCAUGCGUAUGGGCCCUGAUGGCUUAGUGAGAGCAAGCAAUGCAGUGGGUACCCCUGACUACAUUUCUCCUGAAGUGUUGCAGUCCCAGAAUGGAGAAGGCGUAUAUGGGCGUGAAUGUGAUUGGUGGGCUGUGGGAAUAUUUUUAUAUGAAAUGUUAAUAGGUGAUCCACCUUUUUAUGCUGACAGUUUAGUAGGAACUUAUGGAAAGAUCAUGGAUCACAGAAAUUCAUUGCAAUUUCCUGAUGAUGUAGAAAUCUCGAAAGAAGCAAAGUCUCUCAUUAGGGGCUUACUUACAGAUAGAACAAAAAGAUUGGGUAAAAACAGUGUUGAUGAAAUAAAACAGCAUCCCUUCUUUAAAAAUGACCAAUGGAGUUUUGAAAACCUUAGAGACUCAGUGCCUCCAGUUGUCCCAGAAUUGUCAAGUGAUGAUGAUACAAGGAAUUUUGAUGAUAUAGAGAAAUCUGAUGCACUGGAUGAAUCUUUUCCUGUACCCAAAGCAUUUGUUGGCAACCACUUGCCAUUUGUAGGCUUUACCUAUAAUGGUGAUUAUCAGCUCUGUUGCAGUAAACUAAAAGCUGCAGAUGUGGUGGAUACAAUUUCCAACAAUCAUGUAAAUAAUGUCGGAUCUGAAGCUAUAUUGCAGCUAGAGAAACUUCUUGAAAGGGAGAGGGACGGCCGGCGUAAACUGGAAGAUAGACAGAUCAUGCUCUGCGCCCAACUCGAAGAGCUUUCCCAGAGAGAAACCAGAAGCAUGAAAAUAAUUGCAGACACCGACAAGGAACUAGCUCUAUUGAGACACGAUCUGAAAGAGAUACAGCGUAAAGCUGAAGCGGAAGCCGAGUCGAGAAGGAAGGCCGAGGCCAACUUCAACGAUGCCAAACGACGCCUCGAAGAAGAGCAGAACAAGAGAUCGAAAGAGAUCAGCAACCUCCAAAUGUAUAACGAGAAGAUUAACGCCCUCGAGAAACAGCUAAGCGAACUCCGUGAAAAACUGAAGGCCGAGGCGGAGGCGGCGGCCAAGUCGCGGAAGCAGGCGGCCGAGCUGAGCGCCGCGCAGGCUGCCGCCGCCGCCGUCAACGAUGGCACCGUGGCCAGCCUGCGCGCGCAGCGGGACGCGCUGGAGCGCGAGCGUGCUGCGCUUAGCGAGGAGCUGGGCGCCGUCAAGGCCGCCAAGCAGCGCUCCGAGGCGGCCGUGGCCGAGGCCACGAGCCGGCUGAACGCGGCGCACGCCGAACUAGAGCGGUCGUCGGCGCGCCUGGCGCAGAUCAUGGCGGACAACCGGCAGCUUUCGGAGCGCGUGUCGGCGCUGGAGAAGGAGUGCGCGUCGCUGGCGCAUGAGACGCGCGCCGCGCAGCACCUCUACCAGCAGGAGGUGCGCGCGCACCAGGACACGCAGCGAUCGCAGCUGCUGUCCAAGCAGGAGGCCAACCUCGAGCUCGUCAAGGCGCUGCAAGGCAAGUUGAACGAGGAGAAGACGGCCCGCGUGCGCGCCGACUCCGCCUGUCAAGAGAAGGACCGCCAGAUGUCCAUGCUCAGCGUCGACUACAGACAGAUGCAGCAGCGGCUGCAGAAACUAGAGGGCGAAUAUCGCCAGGAGUCUGAGAAGGUGAUAGGGCUGCAGGCGGCGCUGGAGCAGGAGCGCGCGGCGCGGGCGGCGGCGGGCGGGGAGGCGGCGGCGGCGGAGGCGGCGGCGCGCGCGGCGGCCGGCGAGCGCGACGCGCGCGCGCGCGACCUGCACGCCGUGCGCGCCGCGCUGCACGACGCCUCCGACAAGCUGGCCGCCGCCGCCGCCGAGCGGGACAUGCACUACGCCCGGUGCGAGGAGCUGCGAUCACAGUUGGAGAAUGAGCAGCACUACUGCCUGGUGUACCGCAGCCAAGCCAGCGAGCUGCGUCAACAGCUGGAGGACAGCGGGCGCAGCGCGCGGGACUUGGAGCAGGAGCGCGCCUCGCUCAUGCACCAGCUGCAGCUGGCCAUCGCGCGAGCUGACUCCGAGGCCAUCGCCAGGUCGAUAGCAGAAGAGACGGUGGGCGAGCUUGAGAAGGAGAAGACGAUGAAAGAGUUGGAGAUGCGCGACGCGCUGGCGUCGCACCGCAGCGAGCUGGCGGCGCGGGACGCGCUCGUGCAGAACCUGCGGGACCGCGACCAUGAGAUGUGCGCCACCGUCGACCUGCAGCGGAAGGAGGUAGAGGAACUCCGCCGCAGCAACACGGCGCUGGCGGAGCGCGCGGCCACCAUGCAGCGGAUGCAGGAGGAGGUGGAGCGGCUCAACAAGAAGCUCAACUCGGAGAUCAUGCUCAAACAACAGGCCGUCAACAAGCUCGCCGAGAUCAUGAACAGAAAGGACAUGAACCCAGCGAACUCGAAGACCAAGAGCAAGAUGUCGGUGCGCAAAGACAAGGACUACCGCAAGUUGCAGCAAGAGUUGACGAGGGAGAAGGAGAAAUUCGACCAGCUGGUGGCCAAGUUGCAGCGCGACCUGCAGGACUCGCAGCAGCAACUGCUGGAGGAGCAGCAAACGAGGCUGCGGCUCGCUAUGGAGGUCGACAGCAAAGACGUAGAAAUCGAGCAGCUAAAAGAGAAGCUAGCAGCUUUGACGAGCGAGACAGCGUCGCAGUCGUCAGCGGACGCCGAGGACGGCGAGACAGAGCAGACUCUAGAAGGCUGGCUGUCCGUGCCCUUCAAACAGAAUAUACGUAGACACGGCUGGAAGAAACAAUAUGUCGUGGUGUCUUCUAAGAAGAUCAUAUUCUAUAAUACCGAAAGUGACAAGCAGAAUACCACGGAUCCUGUCAUGAUUCUGGACUUGAGCAAAGUGUUCCACGUGCGGUCAGUGACGCAGGGCGACGUGAUCCGCGCGGACGCGAAGGACAUCCCGCGCAUCUUCCAGCUGCUGUACGCGGGCGAGGGCGAGGCGCGGCGUCCGGGGGAGGCGCAGGACCUACCCGCUGACACGCAGGACCACACCAGUAACACGGUGCAGCACAAGGGCCACGACCUGGUGAGCAUCACGUACCACAUCCCGACGGCGUGCGAGGUGUGCACGCGCCCGCUCUGGCACAUGUUCCGUCCGCCACAGGCCUACGAGUGUCGCCGUUGCCGGAUGAAGAUCCACGCGGAGCACGUGUCGGAGGGCGAGGGCGGCGGCGGCGGCGUGGCGGCGUGCAAGCUGCACGCGGACCGCGCCCGCGAGCUGCUGCUGCUGGCGGGCGGCGCGGCCGACCAGCGCCGCUGGGUGGCGCGCCUGGCGCGCCGCGUGCAGCGCUACGGCUACCGCGCCGCGCACCACACCAACCACGACCACACCAAGCUGUCGCCCAGGGAUUCGAUGCGGUCGAACUUGAAAGCGGCGUACAUGAAUGCCUCGCAGCGCAGCUCCACCCUGCCGGCCAAUGCGUCACUGCCGCGACAGUAGGCGCCAGUGGCUGCCAGUAGCUGAUAGUAGCCACUAGUGGCCGCCAGUCCUCGCUCCUCGCUCCAAGACUUCCUCUACGGAGAGAUACCUCGAAACGUGGCGUCGUCUACACGGUUAGUACUCAGACGUCGUAACACCUACACCGUAAUGUACGCGUCGACGCGUGUAGUUUUUGUAAAGUUUCAAUUCAAAAACGUACUUGCCUUACUCGUAAAAAAGAAAAUCCUGAAAUUUCAGUCGGCUAAGUCAAUUUCAGCGUCAUUGAUUGAAAAGAUAUACUAGAAAGAAAAGAAAAUUUUUAUACUCACAUUGUCAUACAAAAUUGAAAAAUUAUUUUAUUCGAUUUGGAUAUGCGCUCUCAUUAGAAUAACUCGAAAUUUAAAAAAAAUGAAUCCAAAAUGAAAAUGAGUGAAAAAUUGUAAUCAACAAUAUUUUUGUAAACAUUUUCGUUUAUAUUUUUGUUAGAUUUCAUUGGGAUUGUGUAAAUACUAGUUACAUUAUUGUGUUGAUAUUAUGAUGAUUUUCUAUUUUAUUAAAUUUUUGCUUGUGUUAUAAGUGCGCGGUGGGUUUGAGGCGAGAAUCAUCAGCUUGUUCACGUAUGUACGAUGUUAGUGCAUCAUUGAAACAUGUCGCCGCAAACGGCAUAAUAAUUGUAUACGCUGAAAUUUUGAAUAAAUUCGAAAGUAUCACGAAGAGGAUUAUAAUCCUAUAAUCAUGCUUUCUUAAUCAAGUGUUACUUAAUUCAUCAGUAGAUAACGAUAAUACAAUUACCGACGAUGACCUAAUUCGAUCGGUUCGGCAUACUUAAAUUUGCAUAAAAUUCAUUUUUACACACAUGGUCUCUCAUUUAGCAUUAUAAAUUUUAUUUUUGUACGACCGUUUUCAACCAGAUGAGCAUUUUGUUAGAAGUUAUUUUUGUUAUAAUUUACAUAGAAAGCCGACACUCAUGGCGUCGAUCCAUUUGUAAGCUGGAUAUACAGGAGCCGAGCACAUGCGAACGUUUCGGCUUUUAUUAUAGACUGAAUGAUUGGCCUCCUCUCUCCGUCACUCUUAAGCUGGCACUUAAAUAGUGACAGGGAAGCGUGAUAGUAGUUAUGGAUACCCUCCGCCAAAACGUCGCAUGUGUCGCGAUUGACACGUUAACAGGGACUAACCACAUAUACUAGGCAAAUUGAAGCACUUUAGUACUACGUUUUUGCACUGUUUUUUAAUGAGACUUUAUUAAAUAUCAAGUAGCAUUUUGUGUAGUUGAAGAGUUGUAAGAAUUGUGUCUGCGUCAGUAUUGUUUCGUGAGUUCGUUUCAAAUGUUAUAACGACGCUAGAUACUGACGCGGAACGUUUUCCAACUCGAUAGGAAUUGAACUUUGAAAUUUGAAGUCUACACGAUUGCACUGGUUACGAAAUUUAUCAACACGUAAUACUAACUUUUUCACUUUACAUUAGAUACGAUUUACACCAAUUUAGGGACCCAUUAAGUGCUGCGAACUCUGCAAAGUGCGUGUCAGUGUGACAUUUGACUUGAGAACAAGAAUUAUCAGUAGAGCUGAACCUCCUAAGAUGUAUACAAUUUACUUAGCCAGAUAGUUCUGGACUUGUUAUCAAGAGUUAGUUGUCGCACUCGCGACGCACUCGCACGCUAAUGUAACGAACGACAGUGCCAUAACUUUGUAGAGAAUCUUCUCCAGUAGUUGCUCAAUCAGUAGGACUUUAUAUCCGCAUGUUACUUAAUUACAUAAGACUCCAGACGGGCUUCCUCGAAUCACAUGAUCAAUUUAUAGUAUAGGACUUUUUGAGUAGUGAAAAUUGAGCUUACUAUAUUCUAAUUGGUAGGUUACGCAAUGAACUACGCUGCCUAAUUCGGUAUGUAAGGGAACAAAAGUUACGCUAAUUCUAAAACCAUUUCGAGAUUUCGUCUUAUUUAGCGUUUUUAUUUCUCUAUUUUUAGCUGGAUGGUGUUUAUUUUAGCAAUAAUCGUGCAUUCAUUUGACCUUCAUGUGACCUGUAAAGGUAGUCUGUUUACCCAAAUUGUCGUUGUCAAAUGCCGUUUAUAUAAUAAAUAAAAUUUAAUAUAAUCUGUGGUCAUCACUGGGGUGUCCUACGAGUGUACGGUUAACAAACUUAAUGAAAUAACUUCAAUAAUAAUAAGGAUCACUGAACCCCAUCAUGUUGAAGAACCAUAUACUAUACAAACUUCAAGAAACGAAAAAGUAACAAAAUAUUAUUUGUAUGUAUCUUAUUGGGCCUGAAUACUCUUAGGGACCGUCCAUAGGUUUGGGCACAUUACCUAACAAAAUGUCAAUACUAAAAUUUUGAUACAAACUAAGCAAAGGCAAGGGUAUAAACGUCAUUCAGCAUACUUUAGGAGAUAUUUAAAAAAAAAAUAUUAAAAAUACAUCCAAAAAUACCUUACAUACCCAAUUAUCUAUGUAUAUUUGUCCAGUAGUCAUAAAAUGAUUCGUUACUCCAAACAAUGUGUAAUAAGCAAUAGGAUGCAUGGAUGUAUGACACCAAAGUUGUAUAGGUGUUUAUUUAAAAAUGUUCAACAAAAUUAGGUGCCAAAGUUAUUUCCGUAUUUGUUCAACCUCCAAAAUUGUUGUUCCAAAUUCUAUGUACAAAACUUAUACAUUAUAACUUGUUAUAUUCAAUGUAUCCCAAUUUCCAAUGGUUGUGUGAAUCGACACCAAUGUAGGGAGUUAUUGUGUACAUUAAUUAAUUAGGAAACGUAUUGAAAUUCGUGUUUAAAUGGUAAUGUUUACUAAGACCGCUUUAGUUGUGAUAUAAAAGUACAAAACUAACGGCAAUAAUAUCUGGUCCAUCUUCCCCUUUUCGACCAGACGUGAUGCACUGAUGUAACGGUCGACUCGACGCUUUGGACCAAACUAGCUCGUUGUUACAUCGUAGCUGUUUAUUUACGAUUUUGACAAGCCUUUAUAUGAUAACUGUCAAGCAACAAUCAAUGUUAGAGUUACGUUUGGCUUGUAAGGUUAGCGAGUUGACCUUAGUUGUAGUGGAAGUGAUUACAAUGUGUAUAAUAACAUAACGUAGAGGGUCAGCCCGUACGGGGCGCGGGGCGCGGGGCGCGGGCUCGGGAUAGCUGUGAUAUAGACGUGUCUAAACACCCGUGGUGCUAGCGAAGCAGGCCUCGACGCAUGUUGUUACUGCACUCCUUGUUGAUAAAGAUAUAAACGCUGUUUUAUUAUUGCUCUACUGUUUACAUUCCUCCAACGAAAGCUAUGUUGAGUUUUGUUUAUCUUAGUUUUAUAUUGACUCAAGUUCAGCUCUGUCGCUUGUCCAGUUAUUGCUUUUAUGUUUUUUAUUAGAUGUAAGUCCGAAAUCUCUUCUCCAUUCAUGUACUGACAUACGAAUUUCAAAUCUAUGUACUUAAGUGUUUUGAUAAAUUGCAAUUCAUCGUAGAUUUACGCUUAUUUUUGAGAUGCAUUUUAUAAAUUAUAUUUUAUUAGGGCAGCUAUUGCAUUGUUCGUGUUGUUUCAUUCCACAAUAUCUUUCACUUUUUGUGUUUCAACGCAUUCGGAAAUGGUUUAUUUACCAAAGAAAAUUUAAAAUUCUAAAUUAACAAAAUGAAUGCAAUUUAUUUUGAAUUUAAUAGUCCACUUUAUUUU